GCCUUUGUACAGUUUUCCCCUUUGCCAAUCCGUAUUACGUCAUCAACAUGAGCCACACUCUUGACAUUCAGACGCAUGCUGAAUAUUUUCCGAUAUUUUCACGAGUUUUUGACCUUUACCUUUACAGUGAACCCAGGGACUGCAAAACAUAAACGGCAUGUCCACGCGUCAAGCAUCGGUCCAUGCGAAAUGGAUCAUUGGUCAGGUGAUCGGAACCAAGAUGAAGAAGACGGCAAAGGUUCGAGUGACCAGACUUGUGCUUGAUCCUUACCUGCUCAAGGCUUUGCCGGAGAAAAGAUCCAAACAUGUCAACCGUGAACUGGCAGAGAUUGUGUAUAAAGUUGGGCAGGUGGUCGACCCGCUCACUGGGAAGAGGGUUGCUGGGACACAGUAUUUGGAGCCUCUUACGGAAAGCACAGAAGACACAGAAGUAUCUUUAAAGGAAAAACUGGAGCAACUGAACAUUACUGCCUCCACCACACCUCCUUCAGCCUCAUAGUAUUGUGUUUGUCCUUGAUGUAUGUACAUAACUCAUGUCCUGAUCUUCACAUAAAAUAUCAUCACAGUGCCUAGUAAUUGUGUGGACAUCAAUCUUACAUAAAAAUGCUUCUACCUGCUGUCCUUUUUGACACAGUCGAGAAACUAUAUAUCAUUUUAUAGUACAAGUCUGCACUAUACUAUUAUUAUUAAUAUAGAUUUAAAUGGCCAUUACUGCAUAAACUUUCCACUAGUCCUUUUUAGACAUUUUCACUGAGAAGUUCAAUGUGUGUGUGCCCUCUAGUGGAG